UCUGGCGUUGGAAAUCAUGUCCACAUGCACUAGUUUUCCAAAAUAAAAAUAUAAACAGUUAAUUGCAGGUACAAUGGGAAUUUCGGCACUUGAUAAAAAGACAAUUAAACAGAUAACAACUACACAAGUGAUAACAUCUGUGUACAGUGCUGUCAAAGAAUUGGUUGAGAAUGCACUCGAUGGAGGUGCAAAUAAUAUUGAUGUUUAUUUGGAAGAUAAAGGUCUGACGUUUAUCGAAGUCAAAGACAAUGGGAAAGGAAUAUCGAAAGCAGACUCUGUUUACAUGGCUCUGCAGUCUUACACAUCAAAAAUUUCAGAUAUGAAUGAUUUAGAGUCUUUACAGACCUAUGGGUUCAGAGGGGAAGCUCUCAAUGCUAUCUGCAAGGUAUCAGAUGUCAAGAUAAUCACGAGAACCCAUGAGGAUGAUCAUGCACGAUGCUACACACUUUCUCACGAGGGGAAUAUUGAUAAGGCUGAGUUUUGUAAUCGAGCUAUUGGAACAACUGUCCAAGCGAGAUCUCUCUUCAAGAACUUUCCAGUUCGUCGACAAAUGAUAAGCAACAAGAGGCAUGUAAACGAAGACGUCAGAUCAAUUGAAAACCUCCUUCAAGAUUUUGGAAUCUGUCGGCCAGCAUUGCGAAUCAAUUACCGAGUGGAUGACACUACAGUUUUCUCGAAAAUCCCUGCGGAGAGCGAAGAGCAGAGUCUCGCCAAUGUUUUCGGGAGGAAAUUCGCAGCUCAGUACGAGACCCUCAGUUUCAAGGAUUCAGAUCUGGACGUGAGAUUAAUGGUCCCCAAAAAAGACUUGACAGACCUGUCGAGCAUCAGUCAAAUUCACUAUCAACAUAUUUUCGUCAAUGGCAGGCCUGUGAUACUCAAGGAGUUGGAAAAGAUAAUCAUCAAACUUCUCUCAACCCACUUCGUGGACAGAAUGGCCCCCCGAAAAAAGCCAGGCUUCUUCCUAACUCUCACAGUGCCCCCAUCAACAGUAGACGUCAACCUAGAGCCGAAUAAAACAGCAGUUCUCCUAGUCAACCACUCCUCCAUAACAACCACCAUAACCGACUUGCUAUCCACUUACUACGAAGUGACCGUUGAGCUCUCGCAGCCCCCAGAGCCCUCCCCAGACCCUCCGAAUGACUCUAGUCUCUCACAAUCAGCCCUCGACGAGUCCCAGUCCCCAGAAACCGACAUAAAAUCCCCAACCCCCAAAAAACGAAGAAUAGAAAAGCCAGGAAAAUCCAUUUCAAACGAGGAAGACAAGGAGAACGUGACUUUAAAUGGUGGAAUGACCCCAGGAGUCAGUUCCUCUGGGCUAUCCCCAGGAGUCACUCCCCCCGAGACAUUCCCAGAGGUCUCCCCCCCUGGAGUGCCCCCAGGAGUCACUCUCUCUAAAGAAGAGCCGAUGACAGAAUUACCAGAAGUGAAUUUAGGGGAGGAUUUCAGCACUCAGGAGAUCAACGCCCUUCCCACCCUGGAUGACGAGGAAGUUCAGGCGGUGGAGGCUGCCCUGGCGUCACUAACGACCCCUGAGAAUAGCCCAAACAUCGAGAUCACUGCGUCCCAGUGGAGCAAGGGACACGUGCCCUUCAAUUUACCAGGAAAAACAGACGUUUCGAUCAUGAAUUUGGCAUCUCGCUCCCCAAAACCGUCGAGCAGAGUCAGUUCUUCGAACAAUCCAGAAGCCAAUAAAAUUGGUUUUCAAAAGUUCUCGAAGGAGAUGAGGCCCCAGUUAAUUCGGGAUCAUCCUGAGAUGAAUCUCGUGCAGAUAGCUAAAUUGCUGACUGAUGAGUGGAAGGGGCUGACUCCAGGGGAGAGAGAGCAUUAUCGAGAGAUUGGGAUGCAGGAGGAGGCGAGUUUGCGGGCGAAGGCAUCGCCGAGUGGCCCGAAGGUCCCCAAGUCGAGGGACUCUGUGGGUAAUAAGAAGAGGCUGCUGAAUUUGCUGGAGAACAUGAAGGAGCAGAGAUCGAGGGACAGGGGGAAUGCAGCGGGGAGGACUAUCGUUCCUUGGAAUGUUAAUAUGCAGAGUCUGGUGCGAGCUUUUCGAGGCAAUGGGGGCAGUGGGCGGAGGGAGAUGAUCGUGGGAAGGGUUGGAGGUGAGGUGUGGAUUGCUAGAACUAAUAUGCAACUCUGGGGGCUGGACGUGGAGACGAUGUUUGAGGGACUGAAGCUGAGGGAUUAUGAGCGUGAAAAGAUUCCAGAAUUCAUUGAGCACUGCCUCCAACGGUGGCUCAACGAGAAGGACUCGAUGGACUUGAUGCAUCCAAUAUUUGAUUUUUCAACGUUAAAAAAAAAUAACUGAACCGAUGAAGCAUGAUCUUUCCGUCAAUUUGCAAUGGGCAAUGUAAAUUAAUGAUGAA